UCCAAGUUACUUGCGUACAACUCAAGGGGCCUAGAUGGUGCACAGGACUUCCUCUUUUUCUCAGUAAAGUGUUAUUAGUGCUGUGAAAGGAGCUUCAUCUUGCUAUUGUAGUCGUUCAACACUCAGGUCCGAGAUCUUUAUCAGUACAGAUAGAGGACUGUUCUCUGGAAGAAAUGAGAAUACUGAUCAUUACUGGGAUCCUGCUGAUUUACACCCAAGUUGCCAUGGGUUUGUUAUUUCAGGAUCCUGCUGUCUGUAGAUUUACUCAGAGGAAUCAGUGUUAUGUAGCUGUGGGACAACAACUGCACCUGCAAAUGCCCCAGGAGGAUGUGUUUGACCUAAAGCUUACUAGUUUAAUUUUAAGAUAUAGAAAAACCCAAAGUUCCCCACCAACACCACGUCUCCCAAGAUGGAAGUUUGUUAAUGAUAAUAAAACUAUGAUACUAACCAGUGCAGAGAGGAGCGACUCUGGAACAUACACUUUAAACAUCUAUGAUGUAGACGGGAAAGAUAAAAGCAGUUCUACUCUCCAGGUGAACAUUGAAGCUCCAGUGUCCUCAGUGAAAGUGUCAUACAGCUGCUUGCCCACUGGAGUCAUGAAAGUGAACUGCUCUGCUGAUGGAGACAACCUCCGCUUCAACUGGAAUUCUGAUUUUAACGCACUCCCUCAACUGAAGAACGGGAGCAGCACUGUCAUACUGGAACAAGACCAUCAAGGAAAAGUCACCUGCCACGUAGAAAAUCAUGUCAGCCGUGACCACAACACCACUGAACUCCACCAAUGUCCUGGUUUGCUGUUUCAAGAUCAUGUUGUCUGUAGAUUUACUCAGAGGAAUCAGUGUUAUGUAGCUGUGGGACAACAUCUGCAACUGCAAAUGCCCUGGGAGGAUGGGUUUGAACUAAAGACAAACACUGAUUUAAUUUUAAGAUAUAGAAAAACCCAAAGUCCCCCACCAACACUACGUCUCCCAAGAUGGCAGUUUGUUAAUGAUAAUAAAACUAUGAUACUAACCAGUGCAGAGAGGAACGACUCUGGAACAUACACUUUAAACAUGUAUGAUGUACAUGGGAGAAGUAAAGGCAGUUAUACUCUCCAAGUGAACACUGAAGGUAGGACCACACAACCUCUAAUCACAUCACACGGCACACUACAAUGUAUUUCAUAAAUAUGUAUAACAUGAACAUUCACACACUGUCAGGAACAGCUGGACAGUUCCCUGCCAAGCCUGGAGAGUGUGUGGGCAGGCGAAUCUCGGAAGCCUGCUUCUUUGUGUGUGUUUUGUGCUAUCAGUGGCGGACCGUCAGGGCCAGCAAGGCCUUCUCUGCUGGCCUAAACAGCAGUGAUCUGAAUCACUGACUUGCAUUUUAAUAUAUUUAAUAUAUUUUUCCAUGAAUGUGUAUUAAAUUAUUCCCAAUAGUCUAUUCUCUACAUUUCAUAGCUUUUCUCUCGGUUGCGCUGCUUCCAGUAGUGUAUAUUUAUGAUAAGAGUAUUUAUCCAAUCAUAUUUCAGCCAGUGGCUGACAUCAUUUGUUCCCAGAGUGAAAUUCUGCUUUAAGGCCUUCAGACUCAAUAGUGCAGGCGCCCGUAGCUUAAAUAAGUGGCAAUGAAAUUGUUCCCUUAACCAAUCAGGUUUCGAGUUGGCAUCACUGAGGCCAUCUAGCAGGCAUACGAUUACGUCAGCAAUUUCCCGUCCUUUGUUUGGAUUAUUGGAGAAGUCAGAGGCAGCGACCCACCCAUACAUUGUUUCUAUAUUUGCUGUGUCUCAUUUCUGCUGCAUACGGCAUCAAGAAUGUCUUUUUGAGAAAAGUAACCAUAAUAAAUUUACUAUUCCUUGUGAGGUGUGAAAUACUGUAACCUAAUUUCUUUUUUACUUUGUUAUUUAAUGGUUGAUUAGUAUCUAUUGCCAUGGCUUCCAGGGGCAACUCUAGAAUUUUCAUUUAAGGGGGGCUCACCCCCAAUGAGGGUAUAAUAGUAAAAAAUAAAUGAAAUAAAAUAAAGGUUUGACUAACAGGGUAUGAUGGUAAACUUAUUGCAGCAUUCCACUGUAUUGGAUAGAUGUGUAUAACAUUUUAGUACUGAACAAGGCAAAUACGAGUCUUCCUGAUCACACACACACACACUCACACACACACUUGUCCUCUGAUCCUCGCUCUGUGACGCCGCGGUCUGCGGAUUGAAGAACGCGCUGAAAGACGGGGAAGAGCCGAAGUCUGCCGCCAUUUUCAUAUGAAAUUUAAAGGGGAGUGAGGCGAUCACCAAUUUGUGUACAGUUUAUGGAGAAUCGCAGAAUUUUAGGAAGGCUGAGUAGAAAAUGGCCUAGCGAUGCCCAUGGUGGCUUCAUAAUGAUGGUAUAGAGGUGGAUUAAUUCAGGAAGGACACCAGUGAAGACCUAGGUCCACGGCCCACCACUAAUAAAUAGGGAUCUUUGUGUACAUGUCCUCGUCGGUCAUCGUUGACUGUUUGAUGUUACGUUCUUUGUUUAUGGUUAUGUCAUGUCCGCGUUCAGGUUUAUGCCAUGUUUUAUAUUUUGGUUUUUUGUUUGUUUUAGGUCCAGGUUAGUGCCAUGUCAUGUCUAGUGUCUAGUUAGUCUACCCCAUGUCUUGUGUUUAUGUUAAUAAAGCAGUGCUUCUUUGAAUCACGCUUAUGGGUCUGUCUCCAUGGCAUGCCGGUGCACGUGCUACCACGGAGGUCUGGGUUCGAGCCCUGCACAGGGCGGGGGUGCCCAGACGUGAAAUCCACACAACAGUCUUUAUAUUUUAAAAUUCAUGAAUGCAAAUGACUCUUCAUCUUAUAUGAAAAUGUUUUUCAUUCAUUCACACUAUAGGCUCUCACAAGGUUUCUUUUUAGAUUUAAAUUUGUAAUUAUGCAAAUUAGGCUCCACCUAAUUAAAAAUGCAAAAAUAUACGUACCUAAGUUAAAAAAAAAUCCAGUGUUUUUGAUGUUAAAAUAUUAAAUUUUUGGUUGAGAAUGUGUUUAGGAAUUUAUUCUGAGGUGUUUAUCUGUAAUCUGCAGCUCAGGUGUCCUCAGUGAAAGUGACAUACAGCUGCUUAUCGUAUGGAGUCGUAAAAGUGAACUGUUCUGCUGAUGGAGACAACCUCCACUUCAGCUGGACUUCUGAUUUUAACGCACUCCCUCAACUGGAGAACGGGACCAGCACUGUCAUACUGGAACAAGACCAUCAAGGAAAAGUCACCUGCCAUGUAGAAAAUCACGUCAGCCGUGAUCAGAAUACCACUGAACUUCCCCAA